GCCGCCCCGGCCCGGCCCGGCAGGAUGAUCAAGCUGUUCUCGCUGAAGCAGCAGAAGAAGGAGGAGGAAUCGGCGGGCGGCACCAAGAGCUCCAGCAAAAAGGCCUCGGCCGCGCAGCUCCGCAUCCAGAAAGACAUCAACGAGCUGAACCUGCCCAAGACGUGUGAGAUCGACUUCUCGGACCAGGACGAUCUCCUGCACUUCCGCCUGCUCAUCUGCCCCGACGAGGGUUUCUACAAGGGCGGCAAAUUCGUCUUCAGCUUCAAGGUGGGACAGGGGUACCCGCACGACCCCCCGAAGGUGAAGUGCGAGACGAUGGUGUAUCACCCCAACAUCGACCUGGAGGGCAACGUGUGCCUCAACAUCCUCAGGGAGGACUGGAAGCCGGUGCUGACCAUCAACUCCAUCAUCUACGGCCUGCAGUACCUGUUCCUGGAACCAAACCCCGAGGACCCCCUGAACAAGGAGGCGGCCGAGGUGCUGCAGAGCAACCGCCGCCUGUUCGAGCAGAACGUGCAGCGCUCGCUCCGCGGCGGUUACGUCGGCGCCACCUACUUCGAGCGCUGCCUCAAGUGACCCCGAGACAGAAAAACCCCAAAAACGGCGCCCCCGAAAGCCACAGCCCCAACCCCCGCCGAGAAACGGAAUAAAAAACGGCAC